ACUGAAAAAAAAAUGUGUAUUUUUUGACAGGUAAUUGAACUUAAACUUAAUGCCGAUAGUGGGAUAUUUGAUCAACAUUGUGGUAUGGCCGACGUAGAAAAACACAUUCGCUGUAGAUGCGAGUGUACUUUAAAGCCGAGUAGCUGUAAUAGACAACAAAAAUUUGUUAAGGACGAUUGUCGAUGUAUUUGCCGAGAUGAUUCCAAGAUGAAACGCUGCUCGUCAAAGGGGAAGUUUUGGGAUAGUGAAUCAUGCCAGUGUCGUUGCUCCAUGUUAAGCCGCCGCAUGUGCUCAACAGGAUUCUAUUAUGAUCUGAAACGCUGCAAAUGCGUGAAUGACAACGAAAUUAAGACCAGCAGCUGGUUCAGAAACCUCAUAAGAAGAAUUCGUAUGGAAGAUUGAGAGCGACCUUCACCACUCUAGACACUUUAAAUUUUUACUGACUCCACUUUAUCUACAUUGUAUUUAAAAGCUCAUGAUAUAAUUCUACAAAUAGUAUUUUUUGUCGGUAUUAAUAUUUUAUCUGGUAAUACUGUUAGUGUUUUUUUUUGUUAACUUUCUGCAUUUAGUUUUAUUUUAUAAAAGGUUCGAGUUUUCGAAAAUCGUGUUUACCAAUAUAUAUAUAUAUAUCAAUUUAUGAAUACUGAUA